CAUUCUCAUUUCCUGCCUCAUUAUCUUCCCCCAAGCAUCCACAGACCCCGUUCCUAUCCCUGCAGGUUACUCCUCACACUUCUUGUCCCUCCUUCCUCCACCUCCUCCUCCCCAAAACAAAAGGGUGCGACACAUAGCAGCGACAUUCGACAUCCGCAUCUGCAUGCAGCGCAUCAAGUGCAUCAAGUGUUUCAAGAGCAUAUCCCCAUCCAGCCCAAGCUUCAAAAAGAUAAAAACGACUGCACACUCGCUCAUUCAUUCAUUCAUUCUUUACCGCUCCUCUCUCUCUCCUCUCUCUCUCACUCCCUCUUUCUUCGUUGCUCCCCAUUGUUUGUUCAUCGACUCCCUCUUCCUCCUCUCCUCCUUUCGUCUCCAUUGUCACCACCAACGGCCAUCGUCUCUCUAUCCCCAAUUUCAUCCGCUGCACCCCGCUUGUUUCUACCCUUUUGCCGCUUCUAUAAUUUCUCGUCAUGGUCGAUCUCAGGUCACACAGAAGCCGUCCAUAUGAGUACAGUCCUGUACAACGUCGGACAAGGCUGUCGGGCUCAACAACUCCCAUCGCACCAACGUCUCCAAUCUCCAACAACGACCAGGCAACCGCCCCCAUCCGAUCGCCACUCAGGGCACGACUUCGUUCCUUCAGGGCAACAACAGCACACAAGGACUACCAGCAAGACCAACAACAGCAACAGCAGCCAUGCCAGGGACAAUUCGAGUUCAUUAUGGAUUCCUUAGCAGUGUCGGCACCGGAACACCGAGAGAAGGAUCAUAAUCAGGACCAUGGCAUGCUUACAGCUGGUGUGGAUGUGAAUGCAGAUGUGGAGAUGGUUCAGGGACCUGCCAUCUUUCGCCUUAGCCCAGAAUUGUUGGCGCUCAUUUUUUAUUAUGUCUAUGUUACACCAGUCGUCCAUCGCCCAAGCACAACGACCCCUGCAAAGAAUGAACAGAAUACCGCCCCAGAGGAGUUGUCUUCUAGCCGGUCCUCAUCUCCAACCUCACCCCCAUUAUCAUCAUCGAGCUCAGAAUCAGCCACAACAGAAGGUUUUGCAGGAAGAGAGACAUCCACAACAAUGACCAGAAACACCGCCCCUAACACAACAUCAAUGGUCACUACCACGUCAGACCCCUCUUUCAGAGACACCUCAGGGGUGAGGCGUAAAAAGGACAAAAGAAAGUCGGCCGUCUAUAUCCAGAACGAUUUAUCGUCCAUGCUGGCCCUGUGUCUCACCUGCCGCGCAUUCUAUCCCCAGGCCAUCCGCAUGCUGUGGCGACAGAGGACCCUGGCCGACUAUGACGACCUGACCGAAUUUUAUCAGGCGAUCGACUUUUCUGCGUCACUCAGGAGGCGACAACAAAAGCAGCGCCAGCAGGAACAGCAGCGCCAGCGGCCCGGCAUGGGCUAUGCUGUCGAAGAAGGCCUGUUCAACAAUGAGGCUGCACUCCGGAUCAAAUCCCUCACCCUGCUCGAUAUGUCCCUUGGGUCGACUUUGCCAAUGACUGCCAAUGCCAAUGCCACAUCCGCCCUCGCCUCUGGCCAAUUCUUUGGAAGCAGUAGCAGUCAUGGUGAUCCCCUUGCAGCAGCAGCAGGCACAAGUCUAGACCUCUGUCAAGGACUCGACAUGCUCACCAGGACCAAUGUCGCCGCUGAUGAGAGCGCCAUCCUGGCAGCUGCUUACUCCAAGGAUGCAACGCCGUUGUCGUCGUCUCCUUCGUCUUCUUCGUCGUCCAUGUCAUUGAGUGGCUCUCCAGUUCAGAGCAGGAGGAGACCUCGACAAAAGACGACAUCCAUCUAUAGCCAGAUGAUCUCGCCGAGACUGCUCAACACAAUUGCUCACCACUGCUAUGCCUUGGUCGACCUUACUAUCUGCAUGGACAACAAGUCCUCGACGUUCUUUCAUGCCCACGGCCCCAAGCUUCAGGCCAGCAUUCCGUUCUCGAUCAUCGCUGGGGCUCUUCUCUCCCUUAAGCGACUGACCUUGAUGGGCCUCGUCUGUGACCCAAAGCAAAACAAGACUGGAUCAGAGCUUUUGAUCUUUGCGCAGAACAUCCAACCUCUGGAACGCAUUUCGAUCCGAUCCUGCCAGGGAAUCACCGUGAGGACCUAUAUCGAACUGGCGAUGCGUUCGCAUCGUCAUCUACUCUCGGUAGAUUUUCAAGGCUUGGACUUUGAAUCGAGCCAGCAGCUGACGGACAUGAUGUCGGCCUAUGCGCACCACUGCAAAAAUAUGAAGUCAAUCACGCUGUCUUGCCUCAACGGCCUAGCGUUGGACGGUAUGUUCGAGGUCCUAGCAAGCCAUGGUGCCCCUGAACUUCAGGAACUGCAUGUCCUUGGCCAUGACUCCUUCCGAUUCUCAACCCAGCAACAGGGACAGCAGCAGCAGGAACCGGCAGCAGCGCCCGUACCGCCUCAACAGCAAGCACCCCAACCUGAUCAGAACAACAACGACAAUAACGAUAAUAAUAACCAGGACGGUGCUCACGUACCUAUGACCCAGAUGUGUCACCUUGCUGAUGCCAAUGUUGCCCUAUCCAAUCUGGCCCAGUUACCGCUUCGACGCCUUACCAUGUACUGCCCUGGCAUCACUGAUUUUGCGCUGUUCCAAUAUCUCCUUCGGUCACCCAAGCUCGUGGACCUGGUCUUGAACGAGCCCACUACGAUUCUGCAGCACUCGCAGUUUCAGGCCUUUGUGAACCAUCAUCUCCCUGCUCAUCAGGGCACAUCUGCUCUUGAGUCCUCGGACGAUACUUUUGGUCCUGUUGUCACUGGCGAAGAGCUCACGGAGGUGAUCCCUUUUACGAGCGCAGGAUUCAUGAAACUGAUCUUUGCGCGAUGCCCCUGGCUCAAGUACAUGUUCAUGAAGCUGACGCUGGAGACCGCACAGGAGUGGAUCGUGCAGCCUUGUUUCAAGGAAGCGAGAUUGGACAAAUGCCUUUAUCAGUACCGAACAGCGACGGGUGCGCCAGCCGUGGUCCUGAUGUGGGAUGCUCGCAACAAAGUCGUCAUUGGUGGUACCAAAGUCUGAUUGAUUACUCCUCCCCUCGACAUGACUUUUUUUUUCGAUUUUCAUGACCACUGCUCUCUUUUCUUCUGUCACACAACAUAAUUGAUGUCAAUGCAUACUUUUUCGUAGCCUCUACUUUAUACACAUAAUCGAUAAUCAUAGAAUACGUAACGCAUCACACCCACAAUCAUACUGCACCACAUAGUCCUAAACAGAAUGUUCGUGCAGCACCGAAUAGAUAAAGGUUCUUCUCUUGAAAGAAAGACCAAG